AUGUCGGCGUAUUAUCAGAUGCACUCUUCGCCAGGGCAUCGACUGAAGCAUGCUGCUACGCCUAUAGGAGUCACACCCAGCCACGAAGAAGAUGAGGUGAGGGGCCACCGCAACACUCCAGAGUUACAGCCCGAGGAACCACCAACGAGGCCGGCUGAGAAAUGUGUCGAUAUGCCAACCAGAGUAGAUGACGCUCUCCGACUAGGGUAUACUACGACCUCGCCAAUCGCAAGGCACGCCGUCAAGGAAGUCCCCACCUCCACAAGGGGUGUCGUGCCGAUACAGAGGUACAUGGCGGUGAGCACCUCUGACAGCAUCGGAAGCACCGUUGUCUUUCACCCGCCUGACCGGGCAGUCGCUAGGAUGGUGUCUGAACUGCUCAGCGUCAGCGAACACAAAAGCCUCAGCAGAUGUGCCUCUUCAGUUAAGAUUGGCACCGACACUGUGAACAUGACACUUGUGGAGGAAGACGACGACGACGACGAUGCUGAGGACAGGAACACCGAGAAUGACAAGGCGGACGACAACGUGGACGGUGACGUGGUGAUGUUCGAACUUUACAAGCCAACGGAGAUGCGCCGGCCCGAGAAUGCAUUCAGCGGGGGGUCACCCCUCCCUUCGGUAGUACUGAGAAUGCGAUUCCCAACCGGCGGAGCAUCUGAGCGUCGGUGCAGCGGCUCAAAUGGAUCGCGCGAGCAGGCUAGUGGACGGUAUCUCACGCUCUCACAAAGUUCUCGGCUUGAGGAUGCCCACCGGCUGGCGUCGCGCGGAGGGGAAAUAUGCAAGAGCAGUAACAGCUCUAUCGACAGCUUUAGCGUCGUGGGGGCUGGGACAGCGUUCCAGUGCAGCGGACAGCCGCAGCGCAUGGAGUCCUCCAUGAACUCGCAGCUCUUCCACAAGUCGACGCGGCUGCGCAACGCAAUGAACGUGCCCCUUGUCCGCGGUGGCAGCCGCUACGACUCCGUGAGGAGCCCCUGCGAAUCCACGCAGGUGUCUGCUGAUGUCGCAGCACCCACAGUGAUGAAUUUCAGCGGCCCUCACCUUCUCUCCUCCGAUCAGAUGGCGCUCUUUUCACACAGCCGCGGUCACAACCGACAUAAGCACGCGAAUCAUCUCCAACUCCGCCAGAAUCGCUGCCAUUGCGAUGGCAGCGUGGAGGCGGACGGCACGAGGCAGCUGGACGGAAUCGUGCUCGGCAUGGCCUCCGUGGACCCCUUGACCGGCGACGGCGAGGCUGCCAUGGCGUCGUCUCUAUCGCCGACCGACGGUUUUGAACUUGUGCGGGCGCCGAUUACGGGGCUGCGUGCGAUGGUGCUCGGGAACGACGCAGUGGAGGAAGAGGAGGCCGCCGAGGACCCCGAGAUGCGUGAACUGCAGUCCGAGCAGCUCAAGCGCUUCUGCUCAAAAGUGGUGCGGCAACACCGCGACGGUGCCGAGAGAGAUGUAUCAGCGCACGGCAACUUGCCACCAACGUCGACAACAAGCGUCAUUUCAACGCUGCAGACACAACAGGCUCUGUGCAUGGACGCCAUCGCUGCCGACAGCGUCGCUCUCGGACACGAAGUGGGUGUACCCCCCUUCUUGCAGUCGCCCGCUCUACGAGAUGACGGGCAAGCCGCACAGAUUCUUGAGAGCGUCUUGGCGAACAAGUUGAAGAAGCGAGGGAAGAAAGUGAUGUUCAACAUGAACGGCAUGGAACCGCACGACACCGAAGGCGGUGGCGCUGCACAGCUGCCCCAUCGCAGUAACCCGCAGUCCACGUGCGUUCGGCUACAUCGUGAGCCGUCGCCGUUGGCGCUGCAAUGCGGAGUCGCUCGAAGGACCCCCAGCAGCGACCAAGCAGAGGUCCCCAACUCUGUGGACGAAGCUGUGCCUGUACUACUGUUGCAAGCGCCGCUGGGGCGAGGAGCACCGAGCCUGUCGGUCACAAACACACCGCGGCGUGCGGACAAAGACGAUGAUCACCCUCUCACCCCACUGCUCCCAUCUCCGAAGUCUGCCACUUUAAUGCAGCAGCAACAGCAGCCGGCGUCUGCUGAGAUGUUGGCGACGAUACCGCUGCACCCAGUGCCGCCGUCCGCGACCCUAGCGCAACUGAGCGUCUUCAUGGCUGAGGACCCCCGGAAACGUCUUUCUUCUGUCGGUAAAAUGUCAGAGAUAUCGAAGAGGAGCUGUAUAGCCACCGUGGCACGCCUUGAGGGGACAGGCGACGCCAUCGGGCUGCGGCAAUCAAGUAACUUCCUUUCUUGCCACACACGGUCCUACAACUCUCAUCUUGCUCCACCGAACGUACUGAGCUCGGUGGAGGUGUGCUUGCCCGUCCAAUACUCAUCUAAGAAGGAGAGGACACAACAGCACCCGGCCCAGAGAAGCACGGGCAGCGCCUCUCCUGUCCACCGCAUCGAGCAGGGGGGUCGUGCGACCUCAGCCUUCAUGUCGCCAUCGCUGCACACCGCGCAGGUUGUCCCAGAGCAGGACUUGGCCUCUGCGCCUACGCAGCCAGCGUGGACCACGACACUAACGCUAACGACCGCUGCCGCUGGGCUGGCCACAGCGAAGCGGAACGAGCGGAAGGAAAAGGCCUACAAAAAAAGCCGGCGCGACGCAACGCACAAGAGCACGCUUUCUUUUCCGAUAGUGAAAUCACAUGUUGUCGAGAAGGUCGUUCCACAGCUGCCAACGACACCCUCCAUCCGCCCCCCCUGCGCGGAGUCGCCACGAGAGUGGGCCAGCGCCAAACCCUCCCUCUCCUCCUUCUCUGGCGACGAGGUGUCGUUGAUGCUGCCUCCUGCUUUGGAGCGGCGCUUUUUCACCUCGCACGGGAGUGCGUCGACCGUGGUGGAGGCCGGUGCAGUAGUUGGCUCUGCCCGAGCGUCGUGUAAGCGACGAAAGAGUGACGCGAUAAAGAGCCGAACCUCAAUGGUUGGCGACCCUGCUGUGCCCUCUUCCAGGAAACCCCGAUAG